AUGGAUGGCACCAGAUGCUCUCAGCAACAGACGGACAUGGAAUCUGCAGCCUAUACCAGCAUCGUGCAACGUCAGCCUGGUAAACGCGAAAACAGGUAUUUGCCAAAUAUGGCCACACCUCGGGCUGCAAUAUGCAAACACAAGAAUAAAGUCCCUAUGCGGGUGUCGCCAAGCGUUACAGAACAUAAUCGUGUGUUGCUUAAUUGGUAG